AUGCCAUCCAUCAUCCACCGAGACGUGAAGACCACAAACAUACUGUUGGACGAGAAAUGGACGGCGAACGUGUCAGAUUUCGGCCACUCGAAGAUUGGCCGGGCGACGGACAACACCCAUGUCACCACGGUGGUGAAGGGCGGCUUCGGCUGCCUCGACCCACAGUACUACAAGAGGUGUGCGCUCGGCCAGCUCUCGAUCCCAGCUUCCAAAGGAGAAAGUGAGCUUGGCGGAGUGGGCGGGGCGCUGCGCUGCCAGAGGAAGGGCGUGCUCGACCAGAUCAUCGAUCCCUACCUGCAGGGCAAGACCACUCGGCAGUGUCUCAAGAAGUAA